AUGGCACGGAAACGAACCGAGGCCCAGCUACUCCUCACUGGAUGCAUCCCGUACACAACGUCUUUCGCCUUCUUUGAGGCCCUGAUCGAGGCUGGGGUCAAGAAUUGCUUUGUCAAUCUUGGCUCAGACCAUCCCAGCAUUCUAGAGGCCAUGGUCAGGGGCCAAAGGAAGAUGCCUGAUACGUUCCCCAAUAUCAUCACAUGCCCCAAUGAGAUGGUUGCCCUGUCCAUGGCCGAUGGAUACGCGAGGCUGAGUGGCGAGGCUCAAUGUGUUAUUGUGCACGUUGACGUCGGUACCUCUGCCCUUGCGGCUGCUAUCCACAAUGCCGCCAUGGGCCGAGCCCCGGUCCUCAUUUUUGCUGGACUCUCACCUUAUUCUAUUGAAGGAGAGCUCCUUGGUUCAAGAACUGAGUUCAUUCACUGGAUUCAGGAUGUUCCUGACCAAAAGCAGAUCGUUUCUCAGUACUGUCGGUACGUGGGUGAGAUCAAGACAGGCAAGAAUGUCAAACAGAUGGUUCGCCGUGCUCUUCAGUUUGCCACCAGCCAUCCUCAAGGACCUUCGUAUCUUAUGGGAGCCCGAGAGGUGAUGGAGGAUACAAUUGAACCUUAUACCAUCAACUCGGUAUUCUGGAGGCCCGUAGCUCCCGCAGCUCUCCCACAAGGGGCUGUCCAAGAGAUUGCUGAGGCCUUGAUUGGUGCCUCUGAUCCCCUAGUCAUCGUGGGUUUUACUGGCCGCAACCACGCUGCAGUUGGGCCUCUCGUAUCACUAGGCAAUACUAUCAAGGGCCUCCGUAACCUCGACACUGGUUGCUCGGAUAUGUGCUUCCCAGCUGAUCACCCAAGCUGGCUGGGUAUGAAGUAUGGCGUGGACUCAGCAAUCGAGAAGGCCGAUGUUUUCCUCAUUCUUGACUGUGAUGUCCCCUGGAUCAACAAGCUCUGCAAGCCAAAGAACACAGCGCGAAUCUUCCACCUCGACGUUGAUCCUCUGAAGGAGUCCAUGCUGGUCUUCUACAUCGAUGCUGAGCAGCGUUAUCGCGUAGACACAGAAACUGCUCUUAAGCAGAUUACAGAGUACCUCCGUAGUCAUCUCUCUGAGAAGCUCUCCAGCGCUGAAUUCGACCGCCGAGCAGAAGCUCUCGUGCAGUCACACGCAGAACGUAUUCGCGCUAUCGAAGAGCGAGCCAAGCCCUCCGAGUUAGGAAAGCUCACUAGCGACUACGUUUGCUCGAUGUUGCGGGAGAACUUGCCCCAUGACACCAUCUGGGCGGUCGAGGCCAUCACAAACAUGAUGAUUGUCUCGGAUCAAAUACGAGCUACUAUGCCAGGACAGUGGAUUCACUGUGGAGGUGGCGGCCUUGGCUGGAGUGGUGGCGGCGCCCUGGGUAUCAAGCUUGCGGCAGAUGCAGCUGAUGCCAAGAUCCCUGGCAAGAGUAAGCGAUAUGUCGUGCAAAUCGUCGGCGAUGGAUUUUACAUGUUCAGCGUUCCCUCUAGCGUAUACUGGAUCUCCGCCCGCUACGGAAUCCCCGUUCUGACUAUCGUUCUCAACAACAACGGCUGGAACGCGCCACGAAGGUCUAUGCUGUUGGUACACCCAGACGGCCCUGCAUCCAAGGCGAGUAACGAGGAGCUCAAUAUCUCCUUCGCUCCUAGCCCUGACUAUGCGGGUAUUGCCAAGGCUGCCAGCAAUGGAUUGAUCUUUGGUGCUCGUGUAGCUGACUCUUCAGAAUUCCAGACUGCUCUCAAUGACGCCAUUGAGAGUUUGGACCAAGGUGUCUCGGCUGUGUUGGACGUCGCAAUUUAGAGAUAGAG